AUGCAGUCAAGGAAACCAGAGAACGCAGCAAUGGCCUUGCGCCAGUCGUUCGGCGACCGCAAGUUGCCUGAUAUCACGCGAAAAAUCACCGCUUGUGUGGCGUGCCGCAAACUGAAGAUAAAAUGUCAUAUGAAUGAUAAUAAGCCUCCAUGUAGCCGGUGUAGAUCUCGCGGCCUGUCCUGCACUGUCAAUAAGAGUCUCCAAAUGCUGCUUGAAGAUGAUGCUACGUGGAAGGAGACCAUAGAAGAGCGCCUCGACAAGCUUGAAAGGGCUAUGAUGGAUCGUCCUACCGACCCGACAACUUCUACUGAUACCGAAAAUAGGAUGACACAAUCGCAGAUGCCCGAGAAUCCUGUGAAAACAAGCAGCUUCAAUCUUUCGAAACCUCCCCAAGGGCUUGAAUCUCCAAAUACACUUACACUAAACUUGUCCUGUGGCCUUGGGUCUUUUCCAGCAUCAUCUAUGAUGAAUCUUACGUUUACUGGAGAUCGGACAUACUUGGGACAUGGAUUAGAUUUUAUUUCAUGUGGACUCCUCUCUCUAGAAACAGCAGAGAACUUGUUUUCUUACUAUACGAAAUAUUUGGACCCUUUGAUUCACAAUGUUUUGGGGGAUGAUGCUACCCUAGCCGCUACUCGGGCAGAGUCAUCACUAUUGACAGCCGCUAUUUGUACGGUAGCUGCUUUUUGCACAGGAUCCGAAAGCUAUCAAAAUUGUCUGAAAUAUUUCAAGAGAGAGGUAUCAGGCAAGGUCUUUGCUAGUAAGUAUUCAUUUAAUGAUGUACGUGCUCUUUGCAUAGGCGCGUUUUGGUUGAAUGAGAUAUCAUCUGCGUUAAAUGGACUAGGUGUCCGAAUUGCGACAGAACUGGAUCUCCAUCGAUGCAUUACAAAAAUGCCACAUACAAAAAGAGCAUGCUAUGACCGCACCCGCUUAUACUUUCUCGUAUACCUUUGCGACCAUCAUUGCUCUCUCAUUCAUGGCCGUCCGCCUCUCACACGGGAUUUUAGCUCAUUGAAAAGUCCCGAAGUCUUCCUGCAGACUCGAUUCUGGACAGCGAGAGACCUAAGACUAGUCAGCCAAGUGGAGCUCUGGUCCAUCAGCAGUCAUGUCUUCUCCUUGUUUGGAGCAGACACCGAGAAUGAAAUCGCCACUCAUAGAUCUGCUGAAUUACAUCGAUUAAACGAGGCUUAUGAUGAGUGGUAUAAUAAAUGGCUUGACGUAUUUACGAUACAGAGAGACGCAAGCAACUUUUCUCCUGGGCUAUUUGAUUUAUACUUUCAUUCUUCCAAACUAUAUCUCUUUUCUCAUGUGUUUCGCGGUCAUGCUCAACGGAAUUCCAACUUUACAGCAGAAACAGAGGAUAAAACAACUAGUUUUGCCCAAUCUGCUGUGGAAAGCGCAUUGUCUAUAAUACGUUGUAUCGUGGAUGACACAGAAACCCCUCUCCAACUCGAAAAAUUGCCGCUUUACUUUGCUACGAUGAUUGCAUUUGCAUCUGUUUGCCUAGUUCAAGUUUUGAACCAGCAAAAAAUUGCCAGCCAAGCCAAACAGGAGGAAAUUCGCUGUUACCUCCAGCGGUUGGUUGAGGUCCUGAAUACGUCUUUGGUGGUGGACCAUCCAGUACAUCCUUUGAUGAGCAUUUCAAAAAGCCUCGAGGUUGCUACGACGGUACAGCCGCACAAUGAUAAUAACCAGACGGACAUGGAGUAUGAAAAUGAUAUUGAUUUUAGUAUAUUUAUGAACGAAGGUAUGAAUUUGGGUUAUUUAACUGGUCAAGAUGGGUGGCCCAUGGCUGGCCCCCUAUCAUAG